AUGCCUACAAUACCGCUUGGCAAAUUACUUGCCACUUUUAUAUUGCUCAAGUCGCUCCAAUUGACUCUUCUCUACUUCACACCAGCCCAAUUUGAUACUUCUUCAGAAAUCAUAGUGAGCCAGACCAAGUCCCCCUAUGGCUAUGUGCUAACACACCUUCUCAAUAGAUUCAUUGUUUGGGACUCUGUGUACUUCAACUACAUGUUCGUCAACGGACCGAAAUACGAGCACCAGUAUGUGUUUUGUCCCAACUGGUUGAAAUUCAUCAGGAACUUCCCGAUAGGAGGAAAUGGCUACUACGAAAAGCUAUUUGUGAGCUUGGUGAUUUCAAACGCGUUACAUUUUUUUUCAGUUAUACUCUUGUAUGUACUUACGCUUCGGUUCUUCAAGAACGAUUCAAAAAUGGCAUUGCAUUCUUCCUUACUAAUGAUUAUUGCUCCAGCAGGUAUCUUCUUGACCGCUAGUUACUCUGAAAAUGCCAAUAAUGUGCUCAGUCUAGCCCAGAUAUUAGCCUACGACAUUGCAGUGAAUCCUCAGGAUCCAACCCGAAACAACACCAAGUCCAUAGUAUCAAAGCCGUUAUAUCUACUCUCUGGAUUUCUCGUUGCUGUGAACUAUACUAUACGUGCAAACAGUUUACUUCUUGGAAUACCGUAUUUGAUGGACUUGUUUGAAAUAGGAGUUUCACAAGAAGCUGCGUGGCCCAUACUAUCUGGAGGGUCGUUAUUCUUAUCAUUUUUAUGGUCCAAUUUCGAAGCAUACAGAACAUUCUGUCCCCAACGAGGAGAAUGGUGCAACAAUACUCUUCCCAUUCUAUUCUCCUAUGCCCAGAAUAAGUACUGGGGUGUAGGAUUUUUGCAAUAUUGGUCUCCCAAUAAUAUUCCCAACUUUCUCAUAGCUCUCCCGGUCGUUGCGAUUCAUGGGUUGAGCAUCGCAUAUUUCUGGAGCCGUUUACCAACUCUCAAGAAAGUAUUGCCAUGGUUGGUGGUAAACUCUGUGGUCAUCGUAGGCGGACUCUUCUUCUGGAACGUCCAGAUAUUGGUGAGAAUAACUAGUUUCUUACCAUUGAGCUAUUGGUAUGUAGCCUCAUUAACUGGACACCAACACAAGUCCUUAGUAUACUAUAUGUUGAUCUGGAACUUACUACAGACGAUGUUGUUUUCUGCCUUCUUACCGCCAGCAUAA